UCUUUCGGGCGGGAGGUGAUUCUUGAACAGCUGCGGGCACGGGCGGGCGAGUGCCGCGGAGUAAGGACUCCAGCAUAGGUGACAGCAUGGCCUCCCGGGACACACCGCCGGCCACCAGCUACGCCCCACCUGACGUGCCCUCGGGGGUCGCCGCCUUGUUCCUCACCAUCCCCUUUGCCUUCUUCCUACCGGAGCUGGUGUUCGGGUUCUGGGUGUGGAUUCUGGUGGCUGCUACACAGGUCGCAUACCCCUUGCUGCAGGGAUGGGUGCUGUAUGUCUCUCUCACCUCGUUUCUCAUCUCCCUGAUGUUCCUGAUGUCCUACUUGUUUGGGUUUUACAAACGAUUUGAGUCCUGGAGAGUCCUGGACAGCUUGUACCACGGCACCACAGGCAUUCUGUACAUGAGUGCCGCUGUUCUGCAAGCACACGCCACCAUCAUUUCUGAGAACCAGAACCUGAGCCACUACUACAUCAAUGUCGCAGCUUCGUUCUUCGCCUUCCUCACCACGCUGCUCUAUAUCCUGCAUGCCUUCAGCAUCUAUUACCAUUGAUGUGGAGGGAGAAACAAACCCAGUGAGACCCUGGAGGCCGCAUGAAGACCCUCAAAGCAGGUCUUGCCAUUUGCCAAUCCAGUGAUAAACCCAUCAAACCAUUCUUGGGGCCAACAGACCAUCUUUCUGGAAUGAUGAGGAGACUCGCUUUGGAUGUUUAUACUCUUUGUGGAGACUAUGAGAAAACUUUCUCCCCACCAAAGAUGACUGCCUUUCCUUCUCCCCUGAAGAUGACUGCCUUUUGGAGUUUCACAACCGUGAACUCAGCUGAGCUCGGCUUUUCUAGAAAACUAACCUUGAACCUCCCAGGCACCAGUUCAGAAUGCCAACCCUGCUGUUGCACCUGUUUAGGGUCUCUUUGUUAAUGGUGCUCUUUGUUAAUGGUUAGCAUUUCUGUAUGAUAGGUUUAAGACAUAGUCAAUCUUAUUUUCUGAAACAGACAAGGCUCCACAAAGGCUUGACAGUCUACUGGCCUUGCACACACCUUGCUUGUAGCUUGUGUUAUGGCCCUGGAGCCAUUGUGGAGACCAGCCUUUCCCCACUCCCAUCACACCCCUAUUUCCCAUAUAUUAAGGGCCCAAGGAAAAAUGUACAUAAAACCAACUUUGAGGGUAAAUUUGUGGAAGAAAUAAGCUGCUGGGUUUGGGGAGUCAGAACAGGAAAGAUGUUGGAUCGUUCAGAAACUGCAGGGCUUGGUGUGCCUGUGUGGGCCUUCAAAGACCGACCUCCUAAGGACCAGAAGCAUCCUCGUCCUGUAGGAAAGACUUCAGCAAAGGAGAUUGGAACAUCGCAACCGUGACUGUAGAUUUACUUUCAGGCUCCUCCCAGAAACACUGAGGAAGCAGCAGCUGCUCUGUUGUAGGGGCCGUGAAAGGACCCAGAUGGAAGUCUACACUCAUUUCUGUGUGCUCUCAGCUCCUCCUGGGGACCCUCUGGGCAGGGCCAGCCUGCAGGAUCCAUCAUUGAAGGGUGUUCGAGUUUGGAGGCCUUUGGGCUUUUCCCGAGGAAAGCAGGGAGUCUAGUGAACACUCUCCAGAGCUAGCUGGGCUCUUCUGUCCUACCACCAUCUGGGCAUGCCUCAGCCCCUUGCCAAGAUCCCCUGGAUGCCAAGGGUCCUCAUCCGACAGUCCAACCAUCUAAAUAAUUACCCAAAGCGGACUCAACUAAAUCUAACUUUCCUCCAUUUGUGUGUGGUGGGGGUGGGGAUGGGGGUGGGAGCCCGAGGUGUGUUGGCAGGGCUGGGACAUGGCUGGGUGUGUGUGUGCAGGCUUAGCUUCGACACUGUUUACCAGUUAUUUACUAAUUGCCCCAAUGUCUUGACAAACCAUCAUUUAUCUUUUUUUGUUGUUGUUGCCUGGGAGCUGUCUGUGAUCUUCACCAUUAUUUGCUGAAUGACCUCAAGCAAAUAAAAGAUGGUUGGACAGUA